AUGGUGAAGGCUCUGGAUCUCAUGCAGCCGGUGAGCUUUGGGAAAAGGCAUCAACCCCGCACGGAGGUGGACGCUGGAUCCGUGUACGCUGCCGCCCUGGCUCUCGUCAUGGACAAGGGGGCCUCAGCCAGCAGUGCUUCCUGCUGUGCACUGGAGGAGUGUGUGUCUCCCCAGAACCGAACCCCCAAUGGGAUGCUGGUGUCGGCAGCAGCCUCGGAUGGCAGAGGGGAGACACGUCCUGCCCCUCGGAGCCCCCACCCCGGCCAGGGCAGCUGCCGGCCCCUCCAAAGGCCUCCAGGCUGGGAUGACUUCGAUUUAUCGGAUGCCCUUGGCGACAUUGACAAGAAACCGACCGUGCCACCCCCGAAGAGACCGAACGCGGAUGACGACUUCGACUUACAGGAUGCCCUGGGCGGGGGCGGACACCAUGUGCCGCAGACGCCCCGGCCUCAACCCAACCCGAAACCCAACCCGAAACCGAAUCCGCAGCCCCAGCCGAAGCCCGAGCAGCCCGGAUCUGCCGGUGGAUUUUCGGAUUCCGACCUCUUGGACGGGACUUCAGGUGGAGCGGGAGGCGGUGGCGGAGGCGGCGGAGGCGGCGGAGACGGAGACGGAGACCAGAGGCGUGACGGCAAGGACCAGGAUGACGCCCCCGGGGUGGUCCCUGGCAUCAUUGGGGCCGUCGUGGUCGCCGUGGCUGGAGCGAUUUCCAGCUUCAUCGCCUACCAGAAAAAGAAGUUUUGCUUCAAAGAAAACGCGGACCAGGGCGAGAUGAACAUGGAAAACCAUCGCGGCACCAACGCGGAGCCACCCGUUCAACAGACUCUUCUGGAGAAAUAGCAGGUGCGCAGGCGAAACAGCCGUGGACUCAGAGCAGGACGACAAGGCUGGCCGGCUGCGCCUCCGCCUCCGAAGAAUGCCCGCGGGUGGGCAGAGCCCGCCACGCCCGGACCGGCUCCGCCUGGACCGGCUCCGCCUGCACCGGCCCCACCUGGAACAGCCCCGCCUGGAACAGCCCCGCCUCGCCCUGCCUUUGCUCAAGCUGGAUUCUGCCCUUUAACCUUCAGAUGUGGUUUGCUUGUCCCCGCGCUGGGAAGGUGGUAAGGACUCGAUGGGUUCUGUAGCCAUCCAGAGGGGAGUCGCAGUCACUCCCUCCGAGGCCCUUAGAGGUCCCCCCGUGAUGCGAAAACCCAACCAUCCCAAAGUCCCCGUCCUUCACAUGUCACAAAGCCUGAGCCGUUUACCAGUGACAGGCCAACUGAACACGUCUGAAACCUGCCUCGCGUUGAUACUUUUGCAAAGUGAGACGAGCCUUCCAUGAGUCUCCUCCAAAUUUCUUUUGGUUUGUUAGGAUAUUUUUACACCAGACGAAGAGUCAUAAUAAAAAAAUAGAAACCAUGU